AUGAACAAGAUAUCUGAAGGCGCCCGUGAGUGGGAGACAUUCAAAUAUGAUUCUUUCCACAUUCCCAGUGCCGUCUUCAACAGCCCCGACCGCCCGAUCCCGUUCUCGGCUCUCUCGUCGUCGCCCGACACAGGCCUCACUGCCUUUGCGCAGCUGGGAGCCCUGCGACUGAACGCCUCCCGCGCCCUCAUCUCCCUCUUCGACCGCCAGCACCAAUACAUUGUCGCCGAGGCCACCAGAUCUGUGCCUUUGACCCCGAACGCAAAAUACCCCUCAGUAAACCACCUCUGGCUUUGCGGGACUGCCAUUCCACGCGCUUUUGGAAUUUGCGAACAUGUUCUCGUCGGAGCAACUCGUGAGGAGGUGCAGGCCGGCGGCCCCGUGGCCAGUGACGACGAACUUCCUGUGGCCGUAGUCCCAGACCUUGGCGCUGACCGGCGCUUCUGUAACCGCCCAUACAUCGACGCGGCUCCGUAUAACCGCUUCUACGCAGGUGUUCCGAUUCGCUCCCCAAAAGGCAUCAACAUUGGCGUCUACUGCAUUUUCGAUGACCGCCCAAGGGCUGGGCUCGAUGCCGACUCGGUGCAAUUCAUGAGAGAGAUUUCCCAGACGGUGAUGGAUUAUUUGGAGUCGAGGAGGGUGAACGAGAGCUAUCGUCGCAGCGAACGCAUGGUCUAUGGCCUGGGCGAUUUCAUUGGAGGCAAAGAUGAGACCCCGCCAACCACUAAACCCCCGUCGCCGAGAUCUUCAUCGAAUGGGUUUGACACCCCGGCGACGUCGCCGCCGGAGGAGCCACCGUCGCCGAAAUCUGGACCCAUCGAAGCCAUUCGACCGAAUAUCAACCCAAUCAGUCGAGAUCCUGCCGCCUCCCCGUCCAAAAUCGACUCGAGUGAUUCCGUCGAGACCACCGCAUCGACCGCGACCAUAGCUACAACAACAUCAAGCUCUGCGCCCCCAGACCCUCGUUUGACGGAAACUAUCAAGAUCUUCUCACGGGCCGCCAACGUCAUUCGCAAGUCUUUGGAAGUAGAUGGUGCACUUUUCCUCGACGCCAGCAUUGUGUCAUUCGGCGGUCUCGUUAGCGGUCCUCGUAGGGCGAGCGAAGUCGCGGAUAAUCGCUUUUCCAGUAGUGACGACAGCAUGUCCGAGAGAUCUGAGGAUGCCAAUGACAGAUGGUGCAAGUGUUUCGGCAGAUCGUCCACGGUGGAAAGCGUCAUGAAUAGCGGCGAAAUCCCUCAGUUCGGCCGGAAGACAUUGCGAGAACGGUUCCUUAAGAAGUUGCUGCGAAGAUACCCCAACGGCAAGGUCUUCAGUUUCGAUGAAAUGGGACAAUGGAACCACGUUGACUCUGAAGGUGACGACACGGACCUUACUCCGACAGAGGAUAACGAGCAGUUGACCCGACCCGAGACCCGAGCGGCGCACUCGUACUUUACACGACGAAACGAGGCGAAAACGAUUGUAGACAUGUUUCCUGGGGCGAGAAGCGUAGCAGUGGUACCGUUAUGGGAUCCUUCGAAAGAGCGCUGCUACGCUGGAGGGUUUGUGUGGAGCAAAAGCGCGUCUCGCAUUCUCACCGCGGAUGCCGACUUGCCGUACUUACGUGCAUUUGGCAUGGUUACAAUGGCAGAGAUUAUUCGUCUAGACGCCAUCAUUGCGGAGAAGGCAAAGACAGACAUCCUUGGGUCACUCAGCCAUGAGCUCAGAUCGCCGCUUCACGGUGUCGUUGCUGCGGCGGAGCUGCUUCACGAUACUCAGCUUGACGCAUUCCAAGUGGACGUCAUCCACACCAUUGAAAUCUCGGGCAAAACCCUGCUCGAUACAAUUGAUCACCUGCUUGAUUACAGCAAAGUCAACACCUACCUGCGAGCUUCUAGGUCUCAGAGACGUAACAACGGACCGGGACGCGGGUUGCGCCCGGAGGCAUCAGCUUCCAUCGAGUCAGGCAUGAUGACAUUGGUCUCCGACGUACACCUUGACUUGCUUGUCGAAGAGGUCAUCGAGAGUGUUUUCAUCGGCCACAGCUUCCAGCAUAUGGUUGCUUCUCAGCUGGCACGCCAUGGCACAGCUUCCGGGCCGCCUACACCUGCUCAAGAGAAGUUGGACGCCAUUGCUUCCAGCGAGGGCCUCGGCCACAAAAGAAAGCCUUCGGAGACUCAGCCUGCCAACUUGAAGGACGUCAAGAUUCUCGUCGACAUUGAUCCGAACUUUUCGUGGGUCUUCCAUUCCCAGCCCGGCGCACUUAGACGGAUUAUCAUGAACCUGUUCGGCAACGCUCUUAAAUACACAUCGAGCGGCUUCAUCAAGGUCCAACUCAGACAGGAAGAAGUGGUUCAUAAGUCGGCGAGGUCAGCAUCCAUGGUUGUUCUUACCGUAACAGACUCCGGCAAGGGCAUUAGCGAGGAUUUCCUACGCAACAAGCUCUUUACCCCCUUCUCUCAAGAGGAUGCCUUGGCUCCGGGCACGGGUCUUGGAUUGAGUCUGGUAAGGCAAAUUGUUGCAACACUCGGCGGCACGAUCAGCGUCAAGAGUCAGCUUGGCCAUGGAACUAGCAUGACCGUGUCAAUGCCACUCGUGCUUUCACGCAAGGCGUCUAGCCGCGGACGUAAAUUCUCAGCGGACUUGAGCUCCCUAGCCGGCAGGAGACUCUCUGUCCGCGGGUUUAGUCGGGGUCUUGAUAGCUCAGAAGAGCUUCGUGCCGGGGGCCAUGAUCUCCCGGUCGAGAGUCUUCCGCUCAAGUGGCUGGAUGUGAGCAUCACGGACGAAAGUACAGGAGCUGCCUCUUCUCCGGCGGACCUCACACUUUGUAGUGAAGAAGCAUUCCGGAAGCUUGACGCGUCUCACAGCAGGGGCAAUGAACCACCACUGGUAGUCGUUUGCGCCAAUGCCGAGUCAGCUCAAAAGCUGGCGACCUCCUACAGGCGGUCUCGUCAACAGACAGUGAUGGAGUUUAUCGCACAACCCACCGGACCACGAAAAGUCGCGAAGGCCCUUGCUUGUGCUCUUGAUCGAUGGCAGCAGCGACAGGCUGUAAAGCUUGUGGCUGCGGGGCCGGAUGCCAUGUCCGGGCCUCUCACGCCCAACAGCGCGUUGAGGGCGGAACUGUCCCCAGGGCGUAAGAGGGCUCAAUCUGAGAGCAUCAAGAGUGUUAGGAUGGCCACGACCCCAGACGAAAUCAUCACGCAAUCACCGCUCGAUAACUGGAUCGCCCAGCCUGAUCCGGAUUUCACACUGAAACUUCCCUUCCGCCCCGCCGCGAAGGCCGCUGGCGUCGCAUCGACCGCAUCCCCAGCAUCAACGCCUGGCACUGCUACACCUCCUGUGCUUGCGUCUUCAUCAAUGGCCAAGACCAUAAAUCAACAACAAGAGUUCCUUCUGGUGGACGACAAUCCAAUCAAUCUUAAAAUUCUAUCAGCAUACAUGAAGAAACUGAACAAGAAACAUACUACAGCGACAAACGGGCUGGAAGCUUUGCAAGCCUACACCGCGCAGCCCAACAGAUUCUGUUGCAUUCUCAUAGACAUUACAAUGCCCGUCAUGGACGGACUUGAGGCUACGAGGCGGAUUCGAAAGUUUGAAAGAGCCCAUCACCUUCCGCCUGCGGUGGUCAUCGCCAUUACCAGCUUGGGGUCGGCCAGCGCGCGACAGGAGGGCUUUGCUAGCGGCAUGGAUCUCUUCCUCACGCGGCCAGUGACCAUGACGGAGCUGGUGAAGAUCCUCAAGCAGAGGAAACUAGUUGAUGACGAUACGGAAAAGCAGGUCCUUGGAAAGUGA